CGUUUGUGUUCAACAGAAAAUAGAAACUCGGGUUUAGAACAACAAAUGAGGACAAUUUUAGUUUGAACUGUCCCUUUAAUUUUAGAGGAUUCUUUUGGAUUGGUUCCAAAUUAUGAUUUAAGUCCCCUAACAAUUACUUAGGAUUUUGAAAGAGGUAAUUUGGGUAAUUUGGCGCCGUGGUUUUCCAUACAGAGACUAUAAAUAACUGUUAUUUCACAAAUCCGGCCACACUUUAGGGUAUUUUAGCUAACCAUUACGGCGCAGGAUCAUUUAAGUUUUUAUAAGUCAUUCUAGUUUUAUUUUAUUUUAUUUGUAGGUGUAAUAUCGUUUGUAGUUAUAGUAUCAGUUAUACUAAUAUACACUUAUUCGUUGUUUAUAAAAUAAUAAAUCGGAAUAACCACACAUUUGCUUUAAUUAACUUUUUAACUAUUUAUUUUUAUUGAAGAGAAUAACAAAUGUAUAUACAAAAAAGGCACUAACGAUUUAAAGUUCUCAAAGGGCACACAUUUGCAAAUAAUAUUCCUAUCAGGUUUACGAGCCUGCCCGCGAGCAGGAACUGACGUCAAAUGUUUGCGACAGAAGUUGGUAGCGGUUUCUAAACAUAAAGCCGCAUAACCUGGGAGCACAGUCGGCUUGUUUCUUUUUUUUGCCAGGGUGGUGUCAUAAAAAUGUAGACAUUGCGCACAGAUAUCAAAAUGUCUCCAGAGCUGGAAAAGUGCCCGAGAAGCCUGUUGGUAUGCGAGAAAUCAAACUUCUUGCAUGAAAAGUCUCGGCAUGACAUCCACGUGUCGAAGCACAGCUUUAAUUACAAGAUCUCAGUGCUCAUACCUGAAUGCGGGACCCUUCCUGAGAACAUCAGAGGUGUCCUCCACAGCUUCAGCCCUUACUAUCUAGUGCGGGAUCUGCCGGUUUAUCAACUGCUGGAAGAAACGUUCCUCGAGUCGCUUGUCAAGAAGGGAAACUUCUACGCGCUUUCCUACAACACCAGAAUUGAUGAAGAUAAUGCCAUUGCUCUUCUUUCCAGCGGUCAGUUAAUUUUGUCUCUCGAUAAAGACACGUAUGAACAGCUUGGCUUGGAGGGACGCCCAUCUCUAUACAAUCACAAAAAAGCCAUGAGAUUUGUGGUGACUCUGGAUCUCACUGAUAAAAGCUUGAACCCAGGCACUAAACGAUACCAGCGGGUUCUCUCAAGCUUGAAGGACAGACUACCACUCAAAUAUGACUUUCUUUUAACUAAAUACAAGACAGGUUCAGAUGAAGAUCUGACUCUGAACAAGCUGUUGUCCCAGUACUCUUACGAGGAGCACAAGCCUGCUUUAAGCCAUCACACCCUGAAAAAUAUGCCAUGUCCCACACUUUACCCAUCAGAUAUACAGGGAAAGACACUGUCAUGUGACCCACAUCACUUCUUGGAGUGGCUUGGAGCGGUUAACCUAGACAUCAGCUGUGAAAAUGCUGCUGAUAGUUUCGUGUCAACAUAUGCGUGUCCAGAGCCCCAGAGCUCUGUCAGUCAGGCCCUGCUGUUCACCGUCACUGGCUUCAUCUCACCUGAGAAUGUGUUUGUGCUGCUGCAGGAACUCAGGCAGUAUUUCAUUGAGCCGAAGUUUACACCAUGGAUUUCCCUCACUGUGCAUGGAUUUAUGGAUAGUCCCGUGUCUUGGGGAACCACAGAACAUGGAUUCCUCAAAGGGGGUGAAAACUUCUACAAUUUUGUUUGUUUUAAGAAUCAGGACUACUGGUUACUCAUGGCUACCGGUGCUCAAGAUGGCUGCCCACCCUAGAACAGUGGACUUUUUUUUUUUUUUUUUUUCGUCUUUUUUUUUAUGUAAAACACAAAUAUAAAUAUAAAAUGUGCACUGUUGUUUCAAGUGUUUUUUUAUUAAAUUAUAAGAGGACAACAGUAAGUAAAAAAAAAAAGUAUAUAAUAUCAAUUUAUUUGGACCAGUCAUUUUCACAGCUGUUACAUGUUCAGAAACCUAAAAAUAAUCUUUACAGAUUGUACAAUUUAUAGCAUUAUUUAGUAUAUCAACUAUAAGAAAUAAGCCUUGCCAUUUUUUUAUAUAUAUAUAUAUGACCAGCAUUUGAAACUAAAGGCAGAUCACAUUAUGUACAGCUAUGCUGAAAGUCAGAAAAUGCUGAUAAUAGAUAUACUUUUGUCAGUGAAGUGACUGGAACAAAGUUAUUUUCCCCAGGAAUAGAGUCAGCAAUGUUUUACAUCAAACUACAACACCCUGUAUACAGAAUUCAAAAGACAUCCAUAAUGGAGAGAGGGCUGAGCUCAAAGUCUCAAAUUUACAAAAACGAAAAACAUUUUAGAUAUCGCAAAGCUGCAUUAAGAAAAUAAAGACGCGUUUCUGGUUUUGUCUUUCAGGGUUAAUAACAGAUAUCGAAUGUUAAUUAUCACGGAUCAAAGUUUCUUUGACAGUCAACGAAGCAGUUUACAUACCACAAGUUAAAAGGUAUAAGACAUUAUUAAUGUCACAAUGCACUUCAUAAUCAAAUAUAACCUGUUUUGUAAAAAUCUCCAAUUAAAGUAAGAACUAAAAAAAGCAUUCAAUAGGUAUAAGAGAAAUAAUCCAAACAAUUCUAUUUCCACAAUCAUAAAUAUAAUUUCGUAAACAAGAAUUAAUUUUACAAAACCAUUUGGGAAAGGAAAAACAUACACAACCAUCUGUUAAUUGAUCCAUGUUAAGGAACCACUUCAGCGAACUAUGGUCAAUAAAUACUGAAUACAAUUAAUAAUAACAUACAUAAGUUACACAUUUUAAUCGCUGGGGCCGAGCGGAUUAUUUUUUUUCCUGUAAAGUAUUUGUCAAACAUACCAAUUGUAAGCAAAGGUUUGGAGCUGAAUAAGGAAUAGUGCAUAGAUAUCUGUACCAGAAACAUGCUUUAGCAUGAGAUUUUGAAAAAAGGAAGCUUCACUGCUUAAAAAAAAAAAAAAAUAUGGUUUUUGAGAGGUAGGACUUUAGCACUAAGAAAAAGAUAAUUUUGCAAAGUCACAUUUUAUGCAAUUUUUAUGUGGACAGUCUCACAACGCAUUUUCUGACUCCAUCCCCACCCAUGUUAUAAAAAAAUUGUAAUAAGAAAUCCGUUCCAUUUAAUAACAGUGCAUACUAGCCAGUCAUUACAGAUGUUUGGAUGGAUUUCAGUAGGAUCUCCCCUUAGAGAUGGUUGUUUAUCUCAAGGGCUCUUCUGAUGAUACAGCAGUCCAAGUCCGUUUGAACCAGCAGAAAAAGAAGGAUGCAGAUUUAAAAACACCAGCAUCCUUUAUUGACUUGUGAGGAACAUACCUCAUUCAAUUUCAUAAUAUCAUAAGUUAUUAAAUUAGAGAUACUGUGUCAAAAACAUUUACAUCAAAAUUAUUUGGUGGUAUGUUACUCCAAAGCAAACAGUUUGUAUGAAACUCUAAGCAGAAAACUUUAAAUGUUAACUUUGAUACAAAUAACUGAUUUCCUACUAAGCCAGAGCCUUGCAAAUCCAUAAGUAUUCAUUUUGUUGACUUGAUCGUUAUGUAAAUCAGAAAUUCAAUUAGUAGUCUGUGUAACAGCACUGAUGCUAGAUCUUUAAGCACUGGUGUCAUUUUUUGUUAUCGCCAGUGUCUGUUUUUCUUGAUAUAACCAUCAAUUCAUAAAAGUGACUUUAAAGGGCUGGCUGAUGUAAAUGCCGGCAGGAUUUGCUUGAAUAUUCACGAUGAUCAAGGCUUUCUGUUUGCUGAAUAAAAAGUACCUACUGAAGAAAAGACUGCUAAAGACUUGAUACUAAUUACAAUCUGUUAGUGUAACGAUAUCCAAAAUGAGCAAAAUUCAACUCAAGUCUCAUGCAUCCCUUUCUUAAAUUACACUAUUAUCCAUCUUUUCUCAAUCGGUCUGCAUAGGUGGUGCUUCGAAAAGUAGCCCAAAUCUGUAUAAACCUCUAUGACAAAAAGCAAUUCAUUACUUGAUACAACAGAAAUUGAGCAGAAAGAUGACAGGAAUUGACAUAUAUUGGCAUUCUGUCCUUCUGCGCAGUGCAAGAUUCAUCACAAACUUUGCAUUGAAGUCAUUAUCAAGUGUAGCAGAAUGAGUCGCAGCUUUCUGCAAUCUAAAGAAAAUGAAAUACGUCCUGGACGAAGAUGAAGUGCGAGGUUUGACCACGCCAGUCUUCCACUGUUCCAUGAAAAUCCUACUAAAAAAAAAAAAAAAAAAAAAAAAAAAGGAACCA